GGGGCGGGAACAGAGGGAAGGGGUGGUUCUGACUGGACGCUACAGGAACCAAAGCAUUCACAUGCAAUAGAACCAAGUUCAUUGCGGAUUUCAUUAUGGCGACGGAUGAUUAAGCCGCCGCGUUUGCAAUCCAGAGCAUGUGGAACGCUGAAGGGACCAGUACAGCCAUAUAAAAUAAGAUCUAUCGAUAAAAGAUCACCAUCGCGGCAUCGCAAUCUCUCUCUCUCUCUCUGACGUCCCUCCAAUAAAGGAUACAUCCAUCGAUCAAUUCACUACAGCGUACUUGUCUUGCUGUAUACUAGCAUGGGCAAGCCAAGCAUUCCGGCUCAUCCGGAAGGAGCCACCAUGAAGGCCGUCUGUUUUGCGAAAUUCGGCAAAGAUGCGUCGGCGUUGUCGGUGGAGACAAUCCCCAAGCCCUCUCUCGAAACGCCCGACGAGGUCCUCAUCAAAGUCCACGCGGCGGCUCUCAACCCAAUUGACAAGUACCGCGUCGAGGGUGCCAUGGCCAUGAUCCUUCCGGAAGCAUUUGACACGUCCGUCUUGGGGUACGACGUGGCUGGAGUCAUUGAACAAGUGGGAGAAGAAGCCGGCAAAUCCUACAAUGUGGGAGACCCAGUCUACGUUCGAUUGAACAAGCCCAUGAAAUACGGAGCCGUGGCCGAGUAUGCUGUGAGCUGUACGCAUGAGAUUGCCAAGAAACCAGCCAAACUCUCCUUCUCGGAAGCAGCAUCCAUCCCAUUGGCGGGCGUUACUGCCUUGCAAGCGCUUCGUCGUGGCGGAGUGACGGAAGGAAGCAAGGUGUUUAUUACAGGUGGAGCCGGUGGCGUCGGAUCUCUGGCCAUUCAGAUUGCCAAGAAAAUGUUGAACGCGUCUCAUGUGUGUACCACGGCCAGUCCUGGUGUAGGAACGGAAAUCUGUGAAACAGCAGGAGCGGAUCGGGUGAUUGACUAUCGUUCUCAAAAGUUCGAGGAGGAUCUCGCCGGGGAAGAUUUUGAUAUGGUGUUUGACACCACCGAUGAAGCAGGCAAGAUGGGAUCUCUCCUCAAAAAGGGCGGUAAAAUCAUGAGUGUUGCGGGGACUCCAUCGAUCCAAGCGGUCGAGCAGUGGAUUGGCAACGUUCCCUGGUUCAUGAGAAUCUUUCUGUUUCUUGGCAAGAACCGAGCCGCCGAAAAGGCUGCCGCGAUGAACGAAGGGACUUGGGAGUAUGUCCUUCUAAACCCAAAUGGCAAGGACCUUACCGAAAUGGCAACCUAUCUUGAGAACGGAGAUAUUGUGCCCGUCAUUGAUACCGAGGCUGCUUCCAUAGAAGACUUCAAAACGGCGGUGGACAAGCUUUGGUCUGGACGGUCCAAGGGCAAGUGUGUCAUCAAGGUAGUGGCAUAAAUUAAAUUUGAAAAACCACAAGCUC